CUAUUAUAGUAAUGGAACUAGGCCAAAUGGCUUUCUCUAUUGUGAAAGUUCAUUUAUCAUCUCCUCAUGUCACUUCGCCGAAUCCAUACAAACACCUUGGAAAUGUAUCUCGCAUUACCUACAACUAUUCUUUCUGCCUCUCUUCACACAUAGCAUAAUUACUUCUUAUUGCUUACUGCUUUUAAUACCUAUUCCAGCGUUGGAUAUCAUAAAUUGCUCAUACAUUGCUCACAUAAAGGCUGCCUCAUCUACCUUCAUCGAAAAUCUGUGGCUUACUACAACACCACACUACUCAUUAAAAUCCUUAUGAACUAUCUCGCUGAGUGCCUUCUAUAUGCUGGAGUUAUCUUAGGGUUUGAACCAGACUCGAUACUCACUCUUGAACAGAACUUGGAACCAAAAUUAACUGCUGGUUUAUAUUCCGAACCAAAUUUCCCCUUGACGAUCACCUACAAGUCUUCACCCACUCGCCGACCCCUUUCACAUAUUCAGCCCUGGACGUGGUUCUAAUUAAAGUCUCAAAUACACUGAUAUCCUCCGAGAUAGUUCGCCGUCUCGGACGACAUCUCACGUUCUGUGAUGAGAGGAUUUUGAUCGAUACAGAGCAAGUCAUAAUUCAAAUGACGGCAAUAUCGCCAUAUCUCGAUAUUCGACCACUUAAACAAUUUGCGCAGAACAAGUGCUUUCGUAGCACUAAUUCUUACUCAAGAACGUACCGUGCACUAUAUCAUUUAUGGUCAACACUAGCAACUCGACCAACGCCACGGCACCCAUUAAUAGUACCCUUCAGGCCUGGCAUGACUUGCAAGGGCAUGUUAUCGACAAGAAGUAUGACGCUGGCUAUAUCUUAUUAUCAUUCUUGGUCAGCCUGGUGGGCGCCUGGACUGCAUUUGAGCUGCUCAAUCUGAGGACAACAAGAAAGGGUCGCUAUAAUUGGACGGUUCUCGUGUUUGCUUCGAUAGCAAUGGGAGGUGUUGCUGUUUGGUGUAUGCAUUUCAUUGGCGAAGAGGGAGUUAUUCUCGGUGGAGGUGAUCCUACUUUACAAAUUUCAUACAAUAAGUCUUCCACCUCUGAAUCGUUCUUCCUACCCGUUAUAGUUUUUUUCAUCGCAUUCUGGACUGUCGGCUCUCACGAAACGAUAGAUCUGCCCCGUGUUGGUCUAGGUGGGACUUUAGCUGGGCUUGGAAUAUGCGGUAUGCAUUACCUUGGACAAGCUAGCAUUUCGAACUAUGCGUGCUUUUAUAAUAUUGUAUGGGUCGUCAUUUCUGCAUUCAUAGGUAUUGCAGGCAGUGUAGGAUCUAUCUACCUAUUUUUCCUGUGGCGCUCAUCCUGGGCCACAUGCUGGUCGAAGAAGGGUAUCUGCGCUUGUUUACUUGCUUUUGCCAUAUCCGGGUUACAUUGGUUAUCAUCUAUUGGGACGCAUUACCGUCUUCACAGUCGCCCAACCCCUCCGGUUUCGAAUCCGACCGAGCAUUUUGCUAUUAUUGUCGCUACAGUUUUGACCAUAGUCGCUGCCCUUGCCAACAUGACAUUAAAAUUAAUGCUCUUUACCCGAAAACGAGAAAGUAUCAACAGUUCUCAAAAGCUCACUUUGUUUGCAGCCAUAUUCGAUAAACAUGGAAAUGUAUUGAUUGGUCCACAAGGCAUUCUGCCAAAUCGAAAAAUAACCAGUUCCUUCAUUGAGGGCUCAUUAACUGAGGUCUUCAACACCUCGCAUCCAAUAUUUCUAUGGAUUUUUAGAGCAUCGAAGAAUUGGCACUGUGUUAAAGAUAUCAUUCCGGCAAUGCGCCUCAAUAUCAGUGCUCACAUUGAAAAGCAUAAUCUUAGAGGUAGAGAGGAAGUUAGUCUUGUGGAUGACGAUGGCGACUUGAUCAAGGACUAUUCUAUUGUGUUUCGAGAGCUUUUCUGUAUUGCAGCCGCCGAUCUUGCAAAUGAUCUUCGUAUACCCAUGGAAAAACUAGGCCCUUUGUACGACGAUGUCAUUGGUACCGGGCAGAAAAUUCCAUUUUCAGCAAUCAUUAAAUCUCGCGUUGCUAUAGUAAGUGAAUUGGUAGAAAAAACAAUUGGGGAUAUCCAGCAUAAGAUUAAGGGUGGUCGCCGCGCCAUUAGGAGGCCGAGGAAAGACGUCGAAAAAGAUGCAGGAGCAGGAACUGGCCAACUACUCUUUCUUGUCAAGAAAGUUCAACAACGUGAAGCAGAAGCUUUACAGGCAGCGGGAUAUCGGUUUGGGAAGAUUGAACAAGUUCUAUCGCUGCUUUCAAACACCAUGAAGAUUAAGGAUGAAAAUCUUACCAAGCAUCUGUCGGAAUUAUGGAGAUUUGCAAAUCAGGAUGAGAUGUUAGAUCCAGGUUGUCAUCUUGCAUGCUUCGCAAUUCGAGCUUCUGUCCGAGGAGGGUUUGAUAUUGUUGUCAGAAAAGAUGCUAAAAGUCAGCUCCCAACUAUGACCUUGCCUUUUGAAUCACUAGAGCAAUGGCAGAUGGACUUCUUGACCGCGAUGAACACUCUCAAUGUAACGGAAUGUCAAAGGUUCUUAGCCAAAGCAGUCAAAGCAAAAGAGCUACCUACAAGGGAGAAGACAUUUUCCAACCAACUGCUUACCACGCUCCAAUCGCUAAAAUACGAAAUCGGAGAUCCUAUCUUCAGUGAAGCAUGUCUCAUAUCUAAACCGAUCGAGGCUCCCUGUCGUGGAGCUUCCGCAAACCAUAGACCUGGGGUAGGAUUUCUAAUCGCCUUUCGACUCAUGGUGCCUAUUAAUACUCGCCGUGCGCCAGGGAAGAAAUGCGCGUUCGCGCCACUCACCCUGUUUAAAUUGCAACAACGCGUUUACAAAAAUUCUUUAGAUCAUUCUUUUUUUGUGCGUGCAAUAUAUCGAGAGUUCUCGCCGGUAUUUGCAGCAACAUGUCGCGAUAGGCCACAAGAUAAAAGACUCCUAUCACAAUGGAGACCUGCCAGAUCUGGCGAAGAAUUCAAAGUCGAAGUAGUGGAGGAACAUGAUCCGUUCGGAAACCUUAUUACCAGAAUCAGGCCCAGCAGGGAAUUGCAAUCACGACCUACUAUGGAACGAUUGAAAACACUCUGGGAUGUCAGUCUCGGGCGCUCCAAAGAUGAAAAUGGUUCUAGUGAUAGGCCAAAACCAAUACGAGCGGCUUCGUAUCAAUCCAUGGGAAUCUUGGUCAGUACAGAGGUUGAGAGAGAUGUGAAGCUUAGCUCGGAUAAGAAGGAUAAUGGGAAAGGGAGAGGAUUUGAGGCUAAGCAGGGAAAUAGGGGAGUUACGUCGGCAGUUACAGAAGAUGUUGAGCCGCUGACGUUUGUUGAUGAAUUGUUUCAAAUUUGUGUUAAGAAUACGGGCAUGCCUCAUUGAGUACCUAAUUAAAGUUGAUGAGAAAGGGGGUCAUGGGUGCGUGGAUGUGUGGGUGUAUGUAUAUCUUCUGUAUUGUGGUACUACUAGAUCAGACUGGAUUGCGUUUUUAGGCGUGAGAUUGGAUCGAAAUUGA